UCAUCUAGCGAAUGUCCUACGUUUCUUGUUGUUUGUCAGAGGUUGACAAUUUUAUCAGUGGACUGUUUGCAUAUUUUAUUUCUUUUGAAAAAUUAGUGAAUUUUAUAAUCAUGAGUAAAAAACUGUGCAAUCCAUCAGCGAUGCGAAAUCGCGAAGCAAUCCUACAAGUGUUACUAAAACACAUCGAACCGACCUUCAAUGGACUUUUCCUCGAAAUUGCUUCUGGCACCGGAAAUCAUGUGGAUUUAUAUGCCCCUAAAUUUCCCAACAUCAAAUUUCAACCUACAGACAUCGAUGAACGUUCAAUUGAAUCAAUUCAGGAGAUCGCCAAAGAAUGUUCAACUAAAAACAUUUGUCCACCGAUGUUUGUUGACAUUCGAAAACCAUUCACUGAAUGGGGGAAACCUGUUGAUACGGAAGGACCAUUUCUCGUAGGGACCUCCCAUAAGGAUUUCUCAGAGCUGGAAAAUUGUUUUGACUUCAUGUUGAACGUAAAUAUGAUUCAUAUCUCAGAAUUUGCGUGCACUGAAGGAUUAUUCGCGAAUGCCGGUAAAUUAUUGAAGCCCAAAGGAAAGUUGUUCACGUAUGGACCUUAUGCGGAAAAUGGAGUUUUGACACCGGAAAGUAAUGUGAACUUUGAUUUAAGCUUAAAAUCGCGUAACAAGGAUUGGGGAGUGAGAGAUAUUGUUCAUUUGGAGGAAGUUGCGAGGAAAAAUGGCAUCAACUUGGUUGAAAAAGUGGAAAUGCCGAGCAACAAUAAGUGUCUGGUGUGGCAAAAAGCUUAAAAAUUUAAAUUUUUUGAAUAAAAAGCUUUAAUUCCUACAU